GUUACGUGAAAACAUUGUGUGCUUACAACUAUCACAAAUCCUACCGUUCACAAUACGAAAACUCGAGGAUUUACAAAAGUCAGUUUAAUACCGUGGUUAUUGUGGGACUUAUCAACUGAUCAAUAUAACAACGAGGACACGCAAGCAAACCGGUUUUCGCUCACUGUUUCAAUUGAGUGAAAAUAUAUUACAGUUGGAGAUAGUGAAAUUUAUUACAGUAAAAAAAAGAUCGGGAUCUGGUCAGUGAUGGGAAUAUUUAAUAAAGUUGUUCGUACAAAUGGUUUAAGAAAAGUGUGCAUUUGUGUAGCUGUGUUCUUCUUUUUUACUUUUGCGAUUCUUAGUUUGGAACGGAGAUUUGAUCUGAAGAUUUUGUUCAAUAAGCCAGACGGACUUAAAACACGUGCACCUGAUAUCGUGUACAGCCCGUGCAGACACAUUCCAGCGGCACCGGAAGUUCUAGGAACGUGGCCUGAAGAAUUAUAUUUAAAUUACACGGAUAUUGAAGAUCUACUUGACCUUCCCGACCCGUCAAGGUCAACGGUCGAGCUAAAUGGAAACGGCCGCUUGACAAUCGGAGCUCACGUGUACGUGACUAUCACGCUAUUUGACCAUCAUGGACGGAAACGACGUAAAGGUGGUGACGUGGUUCGAGCCUGGCUGGCGGAGCCGUCAUUAGGAGCUGCUGCGUCCGCCCGAGUGGUGGACAACAAUGACGGAACUUACCGAGCACAAUUUGUGGUCUUUUGGGAAGGGAGACCGGAAGUUAGAGCUGCCAUAAUUAUGCCGAGGGAGGCAGUUUCUACAGCGUACAAACGACGGUACACGUGCCCGCCCGUGGAAGUAAACACUGCUGUAUUUAUUCAUCCGCGUGAUUUAAGUAUCGCAGAAGAGACUCCGUGUAAUUUUUACCCUUACAUAAGCGGAUAUGACGUCAUCUGCAACCUGACAGACGACAACUUUCGGCGGCCAUGGUACUGCGGAAAACCAAGAAACACGAAACUUCUUUGCUCUGAUUGGACACUGUCAUCCGAGCGGAAUCUAUGGCAGCUGAACACGGAGCAGAAACAUAUGACGUCAACACAACUGGAACUGAUAUCUUUGAGUAACAACGCUUUACCGCUGAAGACCGGCAUUUUUCUCAACGUUACCUCAGAUUCUGCUUCACAUCAGUUCAAAACAGAUCUGAAAUGUGAUUUGCGCGCAUUGGAAAGUGCGCGGAAAACUUCUACAGCAGAUGGGUACUUAUACGAAAAGAAAUGGUACAACAAAAUAUGCAGGUCUCAAUUUAGUUUCGUGCAACUGACGAAAUACCUUAAUAAUGUCAAAAUGGUCUUAAUUGGCGAUUCGACCUCGAGGCAAUUUUUCUACGAAAUGCAAAAUCUUGUGACGUGCGAAUUUACAACAGACACGUGGGAUCUCGCGGGGAAACAUCAUGAGGUACGAUGUGAGAACGAGACAUUGAAAUUCAGCCUCACUUGGAAACCUCAUGGACUUCCGUUCUGUACAACCAAUACACCGCAUCAGUAUUUCCGACCUCUUAGUGUUCAUUUAAAUGAAUACGGUGAAGCCGACAAAUUGCUGUUAGUUCUGCACGGCGCUGCCCAUUUUUAUAACUUUCAUUCGCACGUGUUUUAUGAGUAUGUGAAAGAGAUGAAAUCGACUGUGGAAGCAGUAUUGAAAUCCCACCCGCGUUCAUUUAUUGUUAUCAAAGGACCCAAUGCAUUUUCAUUUUCAAAAUCGACCGAUCAUUUUAUUUGGAUGCCGGACUCGUAUGCGGCCGUUUACGAGAAAUUUGUUCGCGAUGUUUUUAGCGAUCUACAAAGCGACAGAGUGAUGUUUCUAGAUAUGAUGGACAUUACAGUAGCUACAGAACAGUGGCAUAUACAUUCAGAGAAGUUUAUAAUUCACGAGAAACUUUCAGAGAUAUUUGCUUUCUAUAGUACAUUCAGUGAAACCUUGAGCUAAUGCAAAGACCUAUAGAUCUAUAGGUCUUUGGCUAAUGAGACACAAUUUCUAUUAUGAACUAUAUACAAAAUGUCGCCGUGGCGUAGUGGGUAUGUUGUCCGCAUAACGAUCCGGAGGUCGCGUUUUUUUUUUAAAUAAAUAGGUUUAAACUUAAUUAUGGUUAUAUUAUUUAUUAUGGAACACCUUUUGCGUGCGGAUAGUCGAGGCUUUCGUUCUCCAAGUAUUAUAGCUUAUCGAAUGUUCAUCAAACUUUUUGGAAAUGUAAGUUAACCAACCAUUUCACACUACGCAUUUCAAUUUCAAUUCCCCUUUAAUUAUGCACACAAUUUGUAAUUAACCGUGUCCACUCCCACACUCUGAUAGUUUUCAUCCAGUCUUCGCCAAAUUUUGUGCACUGGUCAGUUGACUUAAAAUGAAAGCCAAGUACGAUCUCCGGCGUAUUCACAUUAGGCACCUCGGAAAUAAUAACAUAUUUUAAUAACCGAAAUUUGAAAAUCUUCCCUCUUACUCAUACCGUUUACACUGAAUUUUAACCAAAUUUUCUGGAUAAUUAUGUUUGUUUACAUAAAUGUUUUGAUAACCAGUCAAUAAGUACCAGGUCCUCUUGCGCUUUGUAUGCAAAAUUGCGAAAUGUGCCGUUUCCACUCCCUUUCUUUAACAGUUUUAACCCAUUAAUGCCUAGUGGAUUCUCCCAUCCUUCUAAAUUGGAUCAAUUUAUUUCCAAAAUUAAGAUGUCUAGUAUAUUUGUUUCUAUAUUAAGAAUAUUCUUACAGAAUUUCCUUUAAGCAAACAUCGCAGACCAAGAUGAGACGCCGCAUGAUGCGGUGUCUCGUCUGGGUCUACGCUGUUUGCAAGGGCCUUUUUAACUAGACGCUAGGCAUAAAUGGAUUAAUUGAAUCUUCAACAAACAUUCUUGCCUUGUUUGUUGACAUAGAAUUUAUGUCAAGUUUGAUAACCGUGGUAGCAUCAUCGUCCCUGUCACAUCAGAUCUAUUGCCCUUGUUUAUACCUAAAUUCUACAUUUCAGCUGUCUUUACACAUUCACUUUCAUCGAAUCUUAACCAAAUAUUUAACAAAAAAACUUUUUUGAGCGAACCAAAAAACUUUUUUGCGCGAACUACGUUGGUAACCACAAGCCGCGAACCAGGAUAGUGUAUAUGUGUUAACAUGUGGGCUUGUUCACCAUUUCUUUAUCUAAUCAAACAUUGUUAGCUCAUCUAUUUUUUGAAAAAACAAUUAUGAGCUAUUGUCAUCACCUCGGCGUCGGCAUCGGCGUCCGGUUAAGUUUUGCGUUUAGGUCCACUUUUCUCAGAAAGUAUCAAUGCUAUUGCAUUCAAACUUGGUACACUUACUUACUAUCAUGAGGGGCUGGGCAGGCAAAGUAAGAUAACUCUUGCGUGCAUUUUGUCAGAAUUAUGUGCCCUUUUUAUACUUAGAAAAUUGAAAAAUUUGGUAAAGUUUUGUGUUUAGGUCCAUUUUAUUCCUCAAGUAUCAAAGCUAUUGCUUUCAUACUUGCAACACUUACUAACUAUCAUAAGGGGACUGUGCAGGCAAAGUUAUGUAACUCUGACUGGCAUUUUGACAGAAUUAUGUGCCCUUUUUAUACUUAGAAAAUUGAAAAUUUGGUUAAGUUUUGUGUUUAGGUCCACUUUAUUCCUACAGUAUCAAAGCUAUUGCUUUCAUACUUGCAACACUUAUUAACUAUCAUUAGGGGACUGUGCAGGCAAAGUUAUGUAACUCUGACUGGCAUUUGGACGGAAUUAUGGGCCUUUAUACUUAGAAAAUUGAAAAUUUGGUUAAGUUUUGUGUUUUGGUCCACUUUACCCCUAAAGUAUCAUACAUAUUGCUUUCAUACUUGGAUCACUCGCAAACUAUCAUAAGGGGACAGUAAAAGAACAAGUUGCAUAACUCUGAUUGUCAUUUUUACGGAAUUAUGGCCCUUUUUUGACUUAGUAACUUUGAAUAUAUGGUUAAAUUUUGUGUUUCGAUCCACUUUACUUCUCAAGUAUCAAGGCUAUUGCUUUCAAAAUUUAAAUAAUUUCAUGCUAUCAUGAGGUUACUGUACCUGGCAAGUUGAAUUUUACCUUGACCUUUGAAUGACAUUGACUCUCAAGGUCAAAUUAUUAAAUUUUGCUAAAAUUGCCAUAACUUCUUUAUUUAUGAUUAGAUUUGAUUGAUACGUUGACAAAACAACUCUUACCUGACAUACCACAAUAGACUCCACCAAAACCAUCCCCCACGUCCCCCCCCCCCCGAAUCCCCCCCCAUUUUUUAAGAUCAUCUCACAAAUGACCAACACAUCCUCACACUUUACCCCCCCCCCCCCCCCCCCCCCCCCUCCUCACCCCACCCCAUCCCAUUUUUUUUUGAAACGGUUAAAAAACACAAAUAUUUAUUUUUAUUAUUUUAUUUUUGAAAUACCGUCCAACCAUCGCACCCAAGAAUCCCCCCACCCCCCGAUUUUUUUGUGCAUUUUCGUUCGUAUUUUUGGAAGAUAAUGUAAUAAAUGACCACACCCCACACUAUACACCCCUCUUCACUCCACCCUCCCUCCUUUGUGAUUGAAAUUGAGAGUCCCUUCACCUUUAAAAAGAAAAAUAGAUGAGCGGUCUGCACCCGCAAGGCGGUGCUCUUGUUUUUCAACUGUCAGAACCAACGUGCGUUUUGUUAAUUAUUACUAAUACCACCCCGGCGUCAUUUGUAUUCUUCAGCUUUUUUAGAAUACGUACAAAUAAAUUUAAAAAAGAAGUGAUGAAAUAUUGCAAACCAUGCUACAUUUUCAUGUAUGCAGAAAACAUAAAUCGUUGUUGUUGUAAUGUAGUUGUUGUUAUAUUUACCGACGUCGUUACAUACGCAAAAUAUUACAUGCACUCUGUAUUUUGGAGCAAACGUUCUGAAGUUUUUUAUCCUUAUUCAAAUUACUCAAAUAAAUUUAAAUAAUUUA